UUUGAGCUUGACUAUAUAAACAAUAUUAUUUAUAUAAUUUAUAUAGAGUCUAGAGUCACACUGGAAUCUAGAUUAAGAUUUCUAUAUUUAUACUAAUUUAGAUAGUGCAUAAAAAUAAAAAAUGACAGCAUUCGAAGAAAUGGGAGUUUUGCCUGAAAUUGCCAAGGCUGUAGAAGAAAUGGACUGGAGUUUACCAACUGAUGUCCAGGCGGAAGCUAUUCCUAUGAUUCUUGGAGGUGGAGAUGUUUUGAUGGCUGCAGAAACAGGUAGUGGUAAAACAGGCGCUUUUUGUUUGCCAGUACUGCAGAUAGUUUAUGAAACUCUCAAAGAUUUACAAGAAGGAAAAUCAUCUGGCAAGGCAUCUGUAUCUGCUAGUGGAAGUGCUAGCAAACACUGGAAAAUGAAUGUUUAUGAUAGAGGUGAUGCGAUGGCCAUUGGUGAGGAUGGAUUACUUUGUCAGGCCAGAGAUCAACAAGGAUGGCAUGGAACAAGGAGUAACAAGGCUGUUUUUGGAAAAGGCAAAUACUACUACGAAGGCACAGUGACAGACGAAGGCCUGUGUCGAGUUGGUUGGUCUACCAGGGACGCUAAACUUGAUCUAGGCACAGACAAAUUCGGUUUUGGAUUUGGUGGGACUGGAAAGAAAUCUUUUGAUAAAAAGUUUGAUGAAUAUGGAGAGGCCUUUGGUAUCAAUGAUGUUAUUGGCUGUUAUCUCAAUCUGGACAAUUUUGAAAUCAAAUGGUCAAAAAAUGGGAAAGAGUUCCCUAAAGCUUAUGAUAUUCCGCCAAAUUUGAGAAAUGAACAGUUCUAUGCUGCUGUUGUCUUGAAGAAUGCAGAAAUGAAAUUUAACUUUGGAGAUGCACCAUUCAAGUUUCCACCAAAGGGUGGUUAUGAAGCUUUGAGCAGUGCCCCAAGUGAAUAUUGCACAGCUACCAAAGUGAAAGCUCAGAGCUCGGCCAAGACAACAAAAGCAACGAAUGCUCCACAGGCCAUCAUCAUCGAGCCUUCCAGGGAGCUAGCAGAACAGACUCUGUCCCAGAUACAGAAGUUCAAGAAGCAUCUUAGUAACCCGGAUGUUCGGGAACUCCUGAUCAUCGGCGGCGUGAAUGUGAAAGAACAAAUGGAUGCCAUGGCCAAGGGGGUUGAUAUUGUUGUAGCCACGCCAGGACGUUUGGAAGAUCUGAUCUCUACAUCCAAACUUGGGCUUGAGCAAGUGCGUUUCUUCAUUCUGGACGAAUGCGAUGGCUUACUCUCUGGCGGCUAUGGCGAGCUCAUCAACCGCCUGCACCAGCAAAUACCAAAAGUCACGAAUGAUGGGAAGCGUCUCCAGAUGGUCGUCUGCUCCGCCACUUUACAUUCGUUCGAUGUGAAGAAAAUGGCGGAACGCCUGAUGUACUUCCCGACAUGGAUCGACUUGAAGGGCCAGGACGCAGUGCCAGAAACAGUGCACCACUGUGUUUGCAUGGUGGAUCCCACAAAGGACACCCGCUGGAAAAAAAUGGAGAAACAUAUCAAAACAGAUGGGGUCCAUGAGAAAGAUCGGACUAAUAUAGAUUCCCCAGAAACCUUCUCAGAAGCUGUGAAGAUUUUAAAGGGAGAGUAUGUCAUAGCAGCCAUUGAGGAGCACAAGAUGGACGUAGCCUUGAUCUUUUGUAGAACGAAGCUGGACUGUGACAAUCUGGAGCAAUACUUACAGACCAGAGGACGAGGCAAAUAUUCCUGUGUGUGUCUUCAUGCAGACAGAAAACCUCAAGAGAGAAAAGAAAAUCUGGAAAAAUUCAAGAAACGUCAAGUGAAGUUUAUGAUUUGUACCGAUGUGGCUGCUAGAGGUUUGGAUAUCUCAGGACUGCCUUAUGUUAUCAACGUGACUUUACCGGACGAGAAACAGAAUUACAUUCACCGUAUUGGUCGUGUUGGUCGAGCUGAAAGGAUGGGUCUGGCUAUAAGUCUUGUGGCUACAUGUAAAGAGAAGGUCUGGUAUCACUCCAACUGCAACAGCAAAGGCAAGGGAUGUUACAACACGAACCUGACUGACAGAGGAGGCUGCUGUAUCUGGUAUAAUGAGCCACAGCUUCUGAAUGACGUGGAAGAUCAUCUGGACAUUACCAUCGACAGGGUUGAGCCGGACAUGAAGGUGCCCAUCAAUGAGUUUGAUGGCAAAGUGACCUACGGAGAACGAAGAAAGGCUGGAGGAAGUGGUUAUAAAGGGCACAUUGAGUUCUUGGCCCCGACUGUCACAGAAUUGGCUCAGCUGGAAAAGAAAGCUCAGACUUAUUUUAUUGACCUGAAGUAUAAAAAGAAGUUUGCAGUCAGACAAUAGGCAGACAACAGAAGACAUUGCUUCACAGAAAAGCAAUCUACAAUAGCUACAUACAGUACUACGAGAUCUAGCUAUGAUGUCCCUUCAGACCCUGGAAUGUUCAGUUUGUUUUUGUUUUCUUAAAUUCUUGUUUGGAACUGAUUGAUUAAUGUGUUUUAAGCUGAACUUUUAGUUUGUUCGCUUUAUUUCUUGUCGAUGGAACAGUCAACAUGAUAAACUUAUUUUAGGACAUGCAUGUUGGUAUACAGUUUAUGUUUUCAAUAAAUGAAAUAAACUUAAAAA